UCGCAGCUAGACAGACGGCUCCGGACAGAAAGAUAUUGUUGACGUUUUGUUUUCAGCGCUUUUGUGUGGAUUGUUGGACAUUACGACGACAUCACCCGCAGAUCUAGAAGACCACCUUUCGACUCUACUAUCACGCCACAGUGCGGGGAUCCAGCAAAGAUGAAAUGGAUGUUUAAAGAGGACCAUUCCCUCGAGCACCGAUGUGUGGAGUCAGCCAAAAUACGCAACAAAUAUCCUGACAGAGUACCGGUGAUAGUGGAGAAGGUGUCCGGCUCUCAGAUAGUGGACAUUGAUAAGAGGAAGUACCUGGUGCCCUCUGACAUCACAGUGGCCCAGUUUAUGUGGAUCAUCAGGAAACGUAUCCAACUGCCUUCAGAGAAAGCCAUCUUCCUCUUCGUCGACAAAACCGUCCCCCAGUCCAGUCUGACUAUGGGCCAGCUGUACGACAAGGAGAAGGACGAGGACGGCUUUCUGUAUGUUGCCUACAGCGGAGAAAACACCUUUGGUUACAAGGCCUUUUAUACAACACGGGGUUAAUGCUUCACUAUUCACAUACACACACACACACACACACACACACACACACACACACACACACAC